AUGCGCAUAUCAACCGCUGUAUCAAUCAACAACUCAAAGUCAACCCUAUCAAACAAUGAUAAACAAUCAAUUGCAGAUGUAUUGAUGAGACAGAUGUUUGUUGGACCGGUCCAAAGUCCACUGCUUGUGUCUUAUCUACGAUAUGCGUUGGCGACAAAGAUGGUUGAGUACGGUCAACUGUUCAAUUCGGUAGCUCAGCAUGCAACUCCAACAAAGCCUGCACACUUUCAGAACGUACUGCUCAUUCUAUUCGAUGUUGUCAGACUCAUUCAACAGCGUUCACAGAUCAAGUCUGUCAGCAUUGAUGCUGCCCAUGGCCACCAGCAUGUAGAUGGAUGCGAACGCAACAGCAAGGCAUCAAUGAAUGGAGACUGCUCGAUGGACAUCACCACCCAUAUCAAUGGCAAUGUCAAUGGCAGCGGCAACGGCAAGGGCAAAAGCAGGGACAAGGGCAAGGGCAAGAGCAGUGUUGGUGGCGGCGCCAACGGCCUCCCGAACGGACAACAUACAGAUGGCUUCACUUUGGAGACAAAGAGGAAGAGAGGCGACGAUGAUGACAAUGAUGACGAAGGUGAUGAUGGGGGCAUGGGCGACGACUCGGUUGGCGGCGGCCCCGACAGAAGUAUACUCAAGAAGCGAAAGAAUCAGAACUCUUAUCAAUCGAUAUAUGGCGGCGGUGACAUGGCCAAUGUUGACGUCGAUAUGGCCAAUGCUAGCACGUCAUCUCCAUCGCCAGUCGUCGAGUCAUCGAUGAGCGACGCGACAUCAUCGAACGAUAGGCGAGCCAUAUACAUCGAUCAUCUGACCGGCCUAUGUCGAGUCAUUUCACUUCUGUUGCGGACCAUACUCGAUGUUCUCAACGAUCAUCACACCCAGCCAACACAAUCGACGACGACGACGACCACAACCUCACGCGAUCAAUCACCAACGGCUAUGCGCGCCAAUAUGCCAUUUGAGAACGCACUUCAAUGUUUGAAUGUGCUGGCGGGCCUGUCGCAGAACCAGAGACUGACGUCGUACGUGCAGCAGUCGCAGCGGGAGGUGCCCAGCGCGUUUGGCGAGUUGACGCAGCUGCUCAGCAACAUUCAAACAAUCGUGGACAACACCUAUGUGGCUGGCGACUCGGAGCACACGGUAUCCUGGGCGCUGAGGACAUCGAUCGUCUCCAACCAUCCCAACCUGCUCUCGGCCACACACUCUGCGCUUCUCCAAUCACAGCUGCCCACGAGCGAGAUCCAGGCGCUGCACACGACCAACCUCCAACAACAACAGAACGACAUGUCGAUGAACUUGGACAACAACAACAACAUGCAACAGAGCCAGUCCGCGCAUAUACUCGCGCUGCAGCUGUGGUUCGACGAGGAGGUCGCCGGCACCAACAUCUCAAUGUCACCCUUUGACGCGCUGUACAAAUUUGACUGGCUCCGCUCAGUCAAGGCGAUCGCGCCCACCAACUACUUCUUUGAGCUGCUCCGUAUUGCCUUCCAACGAAUGACGGCCAACAACGACACACAGUCCAGCGAGUUCCGGCGCAUAAAGGCAUUGCUGCUCAUCAAGCUGCCGCUCUACAUUGAGGCCACAUCGCCCAGCACCAAUGCACAGUGUAUGGUCGAUGCACUGUAUCAGAUAUCUCAGAUACCCAGUCUGUUUGAGAUGAUAUCAUACACGGACAAUGUAUUGCUCGCGAUCCUAUUGGUGAUGGUCAAGCGCAACCUUGUUGACGUGUCCUCUCUACGCGAGCGAUUCCCACUCUAUCAGAGUGAGAUUGACACUGCCGAGAUCGAGAUGCAACAAGGCUCGCCAUCAGUCCCCAACUCUCAGUUGCCCACCAACUUUACUGUUCACUCACAAAGUGGAGUUGCGAGACUGAAGGAUGCGUUGAUGUCCCUGAACAGUGAGACGAGUGUCCAGGAUAUGCAGGAUGUCACUGCGUCGUUGAGACAGAAUCUGGUCAAUCCUAGUUGUGACUAUCAGGACAAGUUGAUGGCCGCUCUAUUUGAGGUAUUGGACACGGUAGAUCCCUAUGGCAACAGGAAGACGCUGAUGUUCUUGCUGGCCACACUGUCCGAGCCAUUGGUCAUCGAUAUGAUUGACGUGCAUGGAUACAUCAUCCAACUAUUCAUGUUUGUCAUCAAAUGUUGUGACUCACUUGGCCGAACGACCAACGACUCUGGCAUCCAUUCAUACUUCUCAAUCCCCUUUGCUCUUUUAUCCUAUCUAGUCACUCUCUACAGGCUCAAAUACAAUCAAUAUAACUUGGACCUUUUGACCUCGCGAUUGAGACUGACACAGGAUACUACUUAUGAGAAUCCAUUCAUCAAGUGGAUCUAUGACAGCUUCAAGGACUCUGAGAUCAACUUUAGUUCCAAUCAUCAAGAGGGCAUGACCUCAGAGGAUGUCAACAUCCUUCAAAUACUCGUUAGCAACAACAGGGACUCAUUCGUCAAUGAGGUGCUAAACAACUACUCUCCAUGGCAGUUUGUUCACAAACUACCACAAUUGAUAUUCUUAUUGAUUGGAUGUUAUGAGAGGCUACUGACUACGCCAGAGAGCAUCAAGGAUAUAUUGACAACAGUGAUUGAUGUUGUACCAUACUCAUCACUGAUCAUCUUCCAAUACCUGGCAAAGAACCCUUCAAUCUUUCACAUCUUUAUCGACCCACUGCUGAGCAUCUACCUGAAUCCAGACGGCAGUGAGAAUGAUCACUAUCGCUUUGUCAACUUCAAUCUCGACCAGGAGCAAUUCCAAAUCAAUCAUCACAUAUGUGAGACUUUAAAUAUUACACUCUUCCCCAUCAUGCAGAAGUUCCCUCUUCCAUCGACACAGUAUCACUCGGUCGUGUUCACUCAGGUGGCCAACUCGUAUCAAAAGACACCAAUGCACUUGACACAGCUGACAUCGCCACAGGCAACCAUUCAGGAGAUAUUUGAUGGCUUCAUGGUGCGCCUGAACGAGGUGCCCAAAGACCUGAUCAUCAACAUCAUCAACAAGACCGACGUGGUACAGUUUGUAAACAUCGUCGCCAAGAAAGUGCUGCAUUGUAUAACGUCCACCAAUGACAAUGAUUCCAUCUCGACCAGCAACACCAUACGCAUCAUCGAGCUCGGUGGUUUCAUCCUUGGCAAUGUGGUCGGCGUCGAGUCCAUCCCAAUACUGUUCAACUCCAUCGUACCAGCCAGCUUCAAUAGCUCAUUCAACACAUCUCAGAAGGCCCAGUACCUUUCCUACUUCUGUCUCACAGUGUUUGUACAUUGUAACUGUUCACUCUACAUCCAACAAAACCAUCCAUACAUGUCCAAGACAUUAUCCAAGUUCUUUAGGUUGAUUAGCGACAGUGCAAACAGGGUUGUCCAGGAUGGUGACCCAUUGAACUCGUUCAUAAUCUCACUCAUAUCGUUAUUUAUACAUUUGAACAAGUCACUCAAUCUUGCGAACAACAACAACAACAACAACAAUAUGAACAGCAAUGGCAAUGGAAAUGAUAAUGAUGGGCAAGCAUCGAACAAGCACCUAUCAAUCUUUUCCAUUCUAUCACAUGAACAAUUGGAUGAGCUGUCGAUAUCAAUUGCCAAGAUAUCCAAUCAUCGCAUAUCACCAUCAAACUACGAGUAUCGAGGCGAUCAUCAUCUCUACAAUAUACCAUAA